AUGCAUUACGAAUUUGCCUUUUAUCAGGUGCGUCCUUCCAGCACGCCGUCCGUGUCGGAGCCUCUUGAAAUUGCAAGCUAUAGUAUGACGGAAGAUUGCUCCUUUCAUUUAGACGAUCGUCAACUCAGAUAUUACUAUCCGCCUUUGCCUCACAGCGAUUUAAACAGUGGGUAUCCUGACAAAUAUCAUCCGCCGAAAGCAGGUGCACAUCCCAUUUCCGCGGCAAAAGGUGUUUUAGAUCAAAAACAUGUCGAUGCAAAAGCAGAGCUAUUUAGCUGGAGAGGCCUCAUCACUAAAAUUAUGUGUGCACCACUGUACCCCAAAAGUCAGUGGGAAUUGAAGCUACGGAUGGAUGCCGAGAGUGGUACAAUUUUUAUGGAAGAAGGAGAGUCAUCUGAAACAACUUACGAAAAUCAAGACAGAAUGUGCUAUUGGGGCUACAAAUUCGAGGCUAUUUCUACAUUACCCACUAUAUGGGAUGCGUGUUCUCGAUCCGACAUCGAGGACAGAGACAAUCAGCUUGUAAUUCCAGAUGAACAAUACUGUUCCAUUGUAAAAUACCACAUAGGUCGCACUCGGUUAAUCCUUGCUGGAGAAAUCGAUUGCGUCUGGGACGCAAAGCCAGGCGUAACACCAGAUUCCGACCUGGAUGGUAAAGUUACCAAUGAUCCAGCGUCGAACGAAACAGAAGGUCAAAAUGAAGAACCUCUCCCCGCAUCCAAACGAAGAAAAGUGGAUGAUGUCCACGAUUCUACUGACCCAUCACCAACUCUCGAAAAUCCUUCUCCCCACUAUUGCGAACUGAAAACUUCAAAAAAGCAGCCGCUUGAGCAUGUUGGAAUGCGUAGGAAGCUCCUCAAAUUUUGGGCUCAAAGCUACCUUUUGGGGAUUGGCACAAUCGUUAUUGGGUUCCGAAAUGACGAUGGAGUUCUUGUGGAAAUCAAAGAGCUGCCCACACGCCAAAUCCCAAAUCUUCUACGUCCAUAUGCCAAGCCACAAGACUGGACCGCAAAUCGUCUUUUGGUCGUUCUUGAGCAAGAACUUGACUGGUUGAAAAAGUGUGUCCAAAAGCAUCCUCCAAACACCAAAUUCACCCUACAGUACUCGGCAAACAGCAAGUUGAUAUUGCGUGUCCAUUCAUAA